GUUUGAUAGCAAGGUUCGAUACCGUUGGGCCAUGGCUUUGGGCCUGCGCAUUCCACAUGCUUUCAAUCGCCAGCGGCUGGUACGGCUGGCAUUUGCCCGGUCACAAGCGAGGGGAUGUGCCUACGAGAGUGCCAGUGAGGCAUUGAUCACAGCUGCGAGACAUCCGAGCCAGGAGACCUUUCGUCGAUGUGUGGCAGCCAUUGAGUCAGUCCCCGAGGGCGACUUCUGGCUGCGUUUUGCGGCAGAGGAGGAGGAGAUGCAACUCCAACGCCUCAGCUCGUCCUUACCGAAAGGUGUUCGCUUGGUCCCUGGUUUGCUGGAGCAUGUGUUGCCCAGCGAAGUACCGCCGACAAUUGAGGUGGUGCAGCUGUUGCCCCGCAUAUUGGGCGCCCGAGAAGGUCUCUCAACCGUGCUUUCGUGGCGCGAGGCUGCAAGAAGGGCUGCCCAAAGUGGCGGUGCAGAAAUGGUUGCGGAGCGCCUGGAACGACGGCUGGAUGCUGUGUUGGCACUUUGGUUCCAUGAAGGCUUCUUGCGCACGACCGAAAUCGACACCGGGACCAAGGCCGAGGCCGCCAAGGCAGCCGAGGCAGCUGAAACCCGGUGCUUUGCCUUGAGCUUCCCUCAGAUGGCGGAGGGCCCUGCGCUGGCUCCACCCUUGGCCACCCUCCAUGCUGUCCUUCGCGACAGCGAAGCAGAGAUGCGGGAGCCGCAGCUGUGCGAAGCAGUGUUGACAGGCUAUGGCUUGGAGCAUCUUCUGUUGCAACAAACAAAGACUCAGCUGCGCGAGCAAGGGUUCAAAGAGAUCUCGGCCACCGUCAAUCUGCGUGGUUUCCGCCACUGGUUGAGGAGCAGUUCUGUUCUGACUCAGCGGCCUCACUUCUCUCAGGAGGUGCGGGCCAUUCUAGCAGCAUCUUGUGGAAGCAAUUCCUCUCUGCGCUUCACCGAUGCAUCGGGUGAUGAUGUUGCGUUCAGCGUGCCGGAACAGGGCCAACGUGGUUUGGAGGCGGGCGGUGUUUGUUAUGCAAUUCUGCUGGGGAAAAGAAUGAAUAACCAGUGGACUUGGGGUACACUACCUUUUGUUGGACACAAGCACAUGAGGCAAUUGCGUGGUCUCACCCUUAGAAGCAAAGUAUGGCUAAGUUUCUUAGUUUCCCCUUGCGGGGCGAAAGUUGAGGUGUCCAUCAACGGUGCAGAUGCGAAGCACGUGCGUCGUAUCAAGCUGCAAGAGGACCCAGCAGCAGUGCUGGUUUCGCUCGAGGAGGGUGCCAUGCAGAUUGACCUCCCUGAGGAGGUCGAACUGCUGAAGCUGGAAAAGCUCUGCGCUUUCGGAGGCCUGCUGACGCCAAAGAUGCGGCAGCCUGUUUUGCAGCUGGCCUUUGAGUAUCUCUUUUGGCCCGGUGAGGGUCGAGCGACCCACCCAGAUGUAGACUUCCACCUGUCGCGUGGUGCGGACUUCGUGUCAUUACACUGGCGUGCAGAAGAGUCACCAGAGGCUUUGGCAUCAUCCUUUGGGCUUCUCGCUACCUUCAACUACAAGCAGGAUUCAGAACAAAAGCGGGCCAAUGAUUACACUCAAAAUGGCGUACGCACAAUUGUUGAAUGAAAAAGA